GCGAAAAUGGCAGCCGUUGCAUUAAGUGAAAAGAUUCUCUCGGCUAAAACGAUCAUUUGUGACAUCGAAGGGACCACCACGUCGAUUUCCUUUGUAAAGGAUACUCUGUUUCCCUAUGCACUGAAAUAUGUGGAAGAAUUUUUGAAGAACAAUUGGAAUGAGGAUUCUACAAAAACUGUGGUAACUGCUUUGCGUGAGCAGGCAGAAGAAGAUAAGAAAUCUAAUAUAGAAGGAGUUGUGACAAUUUCGGCUGGGGAUUCGGAAGACAUAAUUCCGGAAAUAGUGAAGAACGUCGAAUGGCAAAUGUCCCUGGAUCGUAAAACGGGCUCUCUAAAGACAUUGCAGGGAUUGAUCUGGGCUAAGGGGUAUAAGGAUGGAACUAUCAAAGGACAUGUUUACGAUGAUGUGCAGAAGGCGUUCGAGCAGUGGACUGAAAGUGGACGAAAGAUCUAUAUCUAUUCAAGUGGCAGCGUCGACGCACAAAAGCUGCUUUUUGAACACAGUGAGCAAGGAAAUCUUCUUAAGUAUCUUACAGGACACUAUGACACGAAGAUCGGCGCAAAACAAGAAAAAGAAAGUUAUGAUUCGAUUUUGAAAAAUAUUGAUGCCGUUGCUGAAGAAGUUUUGUUUCUUACCGACGUUUUCGCGGAAGCUAAAGCUGCCAAUGAGGCCGGUUUAAGUGUAGUUCUGCUCGAACGUCCUGGCAAUUCCGAAUUGUCAGAGGAAGAGCGCAAUCAAUUUUCUGUAAUAACCACGUUUUCGGAUCUGACUUUUGAAAACUUAAAGGACGAAAACGGUGCAGUCAUCAAUGGGAAGCGUAAGAUUGAAGAAACAACUGAUGUCACCGAGGAAGACAAAGCACAGGAACCACCCACCAAAGUAGUGAAAGUCGAAGAAAUAAAAAAAACCGAAUCUUCUGGUGCUGGUUCCACAGAUGAUACAGAGAUGGUUGAGGAGGAACCCUCAGCUACAAAGACUAAGACUGAUGAGACGAAUCAGUCCUCUACGAAGGAACCGGAAGACAAAAUGGAAGUAGACGGAACAGAUGCUGCUCCGGUUUCCGAAGAUAAAAAAAAUAUUGACAAAAUAGAAAAUGACGAAAAAUCAGCUCAACAAAGUAUCACAGAAAAAGUUGUAGCAGGAGAAAAUAAGGAUGAUGAGAAGACUGAUCAAAAAGACGGUAAUGAGAAGGUGAGCAGCGACGAUAAAGAAGAGAUCAGCAAAGUUGAGAAUGUGCCAGAAAAUCGUGAUGAAAAAAAAGAUUCGCCUAAAAAUAAUGAUGUAGAGAUGGCUGCCGGGGAAAAAGAUACUGUAGAACAAAAGGAGGAAAAUAAGGAAAGCCAUGAUACUGAACAAAUUAAAAACGAUAAAGAUGGAGAAAAUAAAACAGACGAGACUGAAAUGGUUGAUUCCGCGGAAUCUAAGCAAGAUUCGAAAAGCGACGAUGUUCAAACAAAUUCAUCUGCCAUUCUGGAACCUAAGGCCUCCAUGAAGGAGAAUCAAAGUGAAGAAGCAACAACUAACGCUGAAUCUAACAUUAAGAAAACUGAUGUCGAGGUUUCUGAGGGUGUCGAAACUAAAUCUAACAUUCCCGCAGAUGAGGUUGGCACAGAAGUUAAGGAAGAUACGCAAAACGGACAGGAAACCAAAGAGAGCGUCGAUGCAACAGAAAAAGAAACACCAAAUGAUGAAGUAACUUCGACGGAAAAUGGUAAAGAAGAUGGAACAGCAAAAAGUCUCAAUGGAGAGGAAGCUGAGACAAAAGCACCCACAAAUGUGAAUGGAGCAACAACAGAUGAAAAUGUUACUACUAACGGCGGAAGCAGUGUGGGUGACGAAGAGAAAAAUGGUGAUAGUGACAAAGAGAACGAUACUUCCCUGACCAACUGCGAUACUGAUGAAACUGUGGCGGAGAAAUCCAACGGAAAUACUGCCGAAACCACGAACGCUGACGAAGUAACAUCCACAGAAAUUAAGACUAAAAAGAUAAUUGAAGUUGCACCGACACCUGCUGUAACUCCAUCUCCUACAAUUGAGGCGGAUGCGUAAAUCAAAUUCGUUCUUUUCCAAAAACACGUUGGUGCGGGCUGUCGAGAUGCCUUCAGACAACUCUUCAAGAACUGCUGCUUACGAUGGAACAAACACGACACUUUUAAUUUAAAUAUGAGUUUGAAAAGAAAAGAGAUAUUACUAACAAUCUCAUAAGCACCACCAUUAAUAACGUUUACGUGAAAUUAUGACUAGAUGAACAGGCUGGGAGGAGCUGUAAGUAGUUACAAGAAGAAAGAAUUACAUUUACAUCUGUCACAGGGACUACACCCACUUUUAGUGAUUACAAUUUUUAUAAACAUAUUUAUAUCAUUUGAUGCCGAGAUUUGCUAGGUAAAAUACUUAAACGAAAAAGAACUUAGCGGAGAAAACGGUUAGAGAAGCAACGUAAGGAUGUUAGCAGUUAUGAUUUAUGUUGAUGGUCCGUAUUGAUAGCACAUCAGUCCGUCAAACGAAAUCUCGUCAACAUGAAAUAGAACUGUACAACGUAACAACGAUCGGAUUUUUUCUUAGUGUCCAUGAGGUCACAUAAUACCAUACAAACAAUAAUAUCAUUUUGUAACGACACUGCGCAAAUCAGAAUAGCCAUUUAAUAGUAUAAGUGACGAUUUUGGUUGGCGUUGCUAAAAGACAAAAUACAACUCAUGAUUCGAUUGCACCACAGAAUCAACCGUAAAAUUGAAAGUUACUCGUUGGUCUUGUCGUUUUACAACAAGAGAACGAUAUAAUGCACUCAGCAUUCAUUCAAAAUCCAUUCCAAUGUGUUUGAUGAAAGACUGAAAAUUGGUUCGUUUGCGAUGAAAGUAAUAAGCAAAAAUUGAUAAAAUACUUAAAGAUCAGCAUCAAUUCUGAUGUCGCAGCAAUGUUCGAGGGAAAACUUAUCAGGACUGUUAAUUUUUAACACGUGUGCUGCUCCUCAUUGAGUGUUCCUUGCAUGCUGUGUCACAACAGUGUUGUAAGUUCUUGGGAUCGCACAUAGGUUUACUCGCAUUUAUCCUGACUAUCUGGUUUCCACCGGUUGCAGGCAUCUUCUUAGUUUCCUAUUUUUUUAUUUAUUUGUUGAAAGUGGUUGCCCUAUCAAACAAAAAGGUUAUGACGUGUUAUAUGCUGAAAUUAACGGCAUCUGUGUUACGGGUCAUGUGGUGUUACGUACACUGAUAUUACCACGAUAAAGCAGUAUUGAAACCUGAGAUCUGAUUUUAUACAUGCAAAUGACGCACCGUUUCUCCGAUUCGUUCGAUGUGAUUUCCUAAAUAAAUUAUAUAAUCCUCGCGUCAAUCUCACAAGAUAGUAUUAUAUUAGAUGCUACUGCAGCAUAUUGAAACAUACGGCCGAAUUGUGAUGAGAGAGGCAAAACAUUUUUCCUAUGCUUUUUACACAGCUCAACACUGCUGUAAUGGUAACUGACGGUAUGGAAAUGUAAUACGUAGAUUAUGAUAUGAUCACGAUAAGGAAGGGAAAACAUGCGAUAAAUCAAUGCAACAAAUAUCACAAACUGAUUUAAGAAAAAAACACUAGCAAGAAACACCUGGUAAACUAACAUCUCAUGUCCUCCAUGUAUGAGUAAAGAAACGCACACAAAAGUCUACGCGGACCCAUGUUUCAGAAUAAAGAAUAAACUUUGACAAAGCCGGACGUGUCAUUGUUUAGUAGUAAUGCAAAAAGGAAAAAAAAAUAUAUAUAUAUAUGAAAAUGUCUGCCCACAGACUGUCAUCAAAAGAUGACGCCAAAUGAGGAGAAAUGGUCAUCGAAGUGAACUGAAAAUACGCGGUUGAGAUACUACAUGGAUAUAUGCAAAGAACACAGGAGUUAAGAAAUAAACUAAUCGAUAAUAUUUUAAAGUUCCAGAA